UCAGCUCAAACUUACCGUGCGGCUUGUGGUGAGUGUUGGUGGAGGAGGCGCGCCAACACUCAUAUUUGAGACUCUACAGCCGCCUUCUUGCACACAUCCACCACUCCCUUCACACAAAUAUGUCCAAACGAAAAAUAGACAUCGAUCCAUCGACACUCAGGAAAAGAUAUGCUCCUGACUAUGAGCGAGAGAGUGACCGAGAGAGUGGGUACAGCAGUGGCACAAACUUCAAUGCCACUUCAGCGAGAGCUUGUGAACCAAUAAAACCAGGGGUAAAUCUCCCAGCCAGUGUCCAAAGAGGAGCUGUUGCAAUGUCUCUUAAUCCCUUCACAAACCUGCCAUACACUCCAAGAUACUAUGAGUUAUACAGGAAAAGAAUUGGCCUUCCUGUGUGGGAGUAUCGGAACAAAUUCUUUGAAUUGUUGGAUCGCCACCAAACUAUAGUGUUAGUCGGUGAAACAGGUUCUGGUAAAACUACACAAAUGCCACAGUGGUGUGUUGAAUUUGCACGUGCUAGAGGCAAAAAAGCAGUGGCAUGUACACAGCCAAGAAGAGUAGCUGCCAUGUCCGUUGCCCAACGAGUUGCAGAGGAAAUGGAUGUUGCUCUGGGACAGGAAGUUGGUUAUUCCAUCCGUUUUGAAGAUUGUUCUUCUUCCAAAACUGUCCUCAAGUAUAUGACUGAUGGUAUGUUAUUGCGUGAAGCUAUGAGUGAUCCCAUGCUUGAAAACUAUCAGGUAAUUUUGCUUGAUGAGGCUCACGAACGGACACUUGCCACGGACAUCUUAAUGGGUGUCUUGAAAGAGGUCUUGAAACAAAGAAAUGACCUCAAACUUGUUGUCAUGUCAGCCACCUUGGAUGCUGGAAAAUUUCAACACUACUUUGACAAAGCUCCCUUGUUGAAUGUUCCUGGCCGUACUCAUCCUGUUGAAAUAUUCUAUACUCCAGAGCCUGAGAGGGAUUACCUAGAAGCUGCCAUUAGAACUGUUAUACAGAUCCACAUAUGUGAAGAAAUACCAGGUGAUGUCUUGCUAUUUCUCACUGGUCAAGAGGAGAUAGAAGAGGCAUGCAAGCGUAUUAAGCGAGAGGUGGAUGCACUUGGUCCAGAUGUCGGGGAUCUUAAGUGUAUUCCCUUAUACUCGACACUUCCUCCUAAUCUUCAACAGCGCAUAUUUGAACCACCACCUCCAAAUAAACAAAAUGGGGCAAUUGGUCGUAAAGUAGUGGUUUCAACAAACAUAGCCGAGACUUCGUUGACUAUUGACGGAGUUGUGUUUGUAAUUGAUCCCGGAUUUGCCAAGCAGAAGGUAUAUAACCCUCGCAUCCGUGUAGAGUCAUUAUUGGUGUCCCCUAUCAGUAAAGCAUCGGCACAGCAACGUGCAGGACGUGCUGGGAGAACCAGACCUGGCAAAUGUUUCCGCUUGUAUACAGAGAAAGCUUUCAAAAGUGAAAUGCAGGACAACACAUACCCUGAGAUUUUGAGGUCCAACCUUGGGUCUGUGGUCCUGCAGCUGAAGAAGUUGGGCAUUGAUGAUUUAGUUCAUUUCGAUUUCAUGGAUCCCCCAGCCCCCGAGACACUGAUGAGGGCAUUGGAGCUCUUGAACUACCUAGCAGCUCUUGAUGAUGAUGGUAACCUGACAGAGCUAGGAGCAAUUAUGGCAGAGUUUCCAUUGGAUCCUCAACUAGCUAAAAUGGUGAUAGCUUCCUGCGAUUUCAACUGCUCUAAUGAGAUCUUGUCCAUCACUGCUAUGCUAUCAGUACCCCAGUGCUUUGUUCGCCCUAAUGAGGCCAAGAAGGCUGCAGACGAGGCCAAGAUGAGAUUCGCACACAUAGAUGGGGACCACCUCACGCUGCUGAACGUCUACCAUGCCUUCAAACAGAAUAUGGAGGAUGUGCAGUGGUGUUACGACAACUUUGUCAACUACCGUUCCCUCAAGUCUGCAGACAAUGUUCGUCAACAAUUAUCUCGUAUUAUGGACCGUUUCAGUCUGAAGCGAACUUCCACCGACUUCAAUUCCCGUGACUACUAUAUGAAUAUUCGAAAGGCUCUGGUAUCUGGGUUCUUCAUGCAGAUUGCUCACCUGGAGCGUACUGGACACUACAUGACCAUCAAGGAUAACCAGGUGGUACAGCUCCAUCCAUCCACUUGUCUCGACCAUAAGCCGGAGUGGGUCCUAUACAAUGAAUUUGUUUUAACUACCAAAAACUACAUCCGUACUGUUACAGACAUAAAACCUGAUUGGCUCAUCAAAGUUGCCCCUAACUAUUAUGACAUGCAGAACUUCCCACAGUGUGAGGCUCGGCGCCAGUUGGAGAACAUUAUAACUCGUUUAGAAUCUAGACAGUACAGAGAAGGUUUCUAAAUAGACAUAGCAUUGUAUAAGAAAUCAGGUACAUUUAUUUUCAGCCACGUGCUAGUGUUUUUUAUUGUUGACUAAAUGUUAAACCCCAUGCAUUGGGUUAUAUUCAAAUAGAGAAAAUAUAGAUAAUUGGUUCCUUUUUUUUGGGCGGGAGGGGUGGGAUGUGAGGAGGUUGGUGAGAGCAUGAACUAGAUAAUAAACUAGGUAUUUGCCAUGGGUAGGAUAUGACACUUCAAAUGUUUAAAUUGUGAACAUAUUUGGAGUUAACUUGUUUAGUCAUACAUUGCACUUGAAUUUUGGCGAGUCACACACUUGUGAAUGAAAUAUACACAAGCUGUAGGGUUGAUGGUCAAGUUCUGUUUCGUAUAAUGUUUUGCGACAAACCAGGAUUUAUAUCCCAAUGUACAAAGUCAAGGAAAUUGUUAGAAAAAUACAAAACUUGAUCGUAGCCCUGUAUAUAUGAUAUAUAUUAUAAUAUAUAUAU